AUACCGGUUGCCGGUAGCAAAAUCGAUGACGUGAAUGAUACUAUGAUACAUACAGGGGUACAGGACAGGCAGUACAGGGCGUUGUUUGUGUUGAUUGUUGAUAGUUGAUAUUUGUUGAUAAAUUAUUGAUGCCACUUAUUAUUCCUUUUAAGAUAUUCACACAUUCACAGACAUUUAAAUACGUUUGUGUAAGCGUUUACGUGAUAAGCUUGUAGAUGUAUAACCACCAGUGACCUGCAAUGUCUAGCGUACUAGAUGAGAGAGAGGCAUAUUUGAAAAGUCCUUAUUUCAAAAAGCACGAAUACACCGAUUUUUCACCUUUCUACAUUGCUAUUACAAUCUGCACACUUGUUGGGCUCACCAUCUUUCUGAUCAACAUCUUUUUGGGCUGCUGUUCGAGAUACUCAGAGUAUUGGAACGAUAGGCAUACAGGUAAUCGUUGGAUAGUGUCUUUGUGGACAGCAACCCCACAUCAACAACCUCCUCUGGACUACACUGAGCUGCAGGACGUUUCCAUAGUCCCUGAACAAAAGAUAAUCUACCAACACCAACAUCCAGUGGUGUAUCACCACCCCACAGGGCCUUCAGCACCUCCUGAAGAGACGUAUGAAUUGAGAGAGAAGCGCGAGAGUGCAAUCUAAACAAGAUGUUUCAUGUAUAUUGGCCAGCCACUGCUUGCCUAACACUUAUGCUGAUUGUAGUGGUUAUUAUGCUUAUUUUGCGUUUUGGGAACAAGUGGUGUAAGCUACGUCACACUGCUCUACCAGACAGGGAGUGGCAGCAUGAAGGUUACGAGGGCCCCAUAAGCUACUCAGCUGCUUGACUGAAUUAUGCCUUGAAUUCUAAUCUAGACUCAAAGAUGAAUCAAUGAAAAUUAUUAAUUAUAUUCAACAUUUGGUGCCAAGUGUUGAAUUUAUAUUUUACAAUUUUUGGAAAAACAAUCCAACUCGAGAUCUGAAAUAUUUUUAUAAGCAUACCUACUCAUAUGCACUCUAAUUAACUUAUCUGAUUUUUAUUAAUAAGUAUUGGACAAAUUCAACUUGCAUGGUCUUUUAUCUUUAUUUUGUUACUGGACAAGUAACUAUAAUUAGAAACUAUUUAGUUGCCAAUCAUAAUUAUCAUUAUAAAAUAUACAAAAUUUAUAUUUGUAUUAAUCAUAUCGAUUUAUCACCAGUACGGCUAUCAAUACCAUUCAAAUGUGUAAUUGGAAUAUCAAAUUGAAAACUUAUUUUAUUUUACAAAAAUGUGUCUAUCUACUGUUAAGUUUUCAGUUUCAUGUUUUUUAGAUAUUGACUUUUUAUAUUAUUGUUUUUAGAUAAGCAACAUAAGUAGUGCAUAUCAAAUCUCGAUGAAUGUGUCUAUUAGGAAUCUCAUAGUCCGUCCAUUUUUUAUACUUUUUAUGAAAUAAACUUUUAUUAACCUGCA